GUAAAAUAGCGACGUGAUCAGCUGAUCGAGGGAAAGGCUUGGUAGGAUGAGGAAUGUUUAUCUUUUCCUCGUUUAUGUCUUCUUUAUCGUCUUAUCUCACUUUCUCGCUCCUUCCAGAAGUGAAACAUGUGAAAAGGGAGAUAGUAGAAGUCAAAGGUACUUACUCUAUGACGUGAAUCCUGGAGAGGGAUUUAACCUGCGCAGAGAUGUUUAUGUUCGCAUUGCAAACUUAGCGCGCAGGCUGAGUGAGAUGGACAAUUGGAUUUUGGUGCUGCCCCCAUGGGGAAGGCUGUACCACUGGAAGAACACACGAGGAGAGUAUUUUCCGUGGCGCAGUUUCUUUGACAUAAAAAGCCUCAGCAAAUGGACUCCUGUCAUUGAAUUUGAGGAUUAUUUGAAAGAAAAUGAUGGUUCAUGGCAUGGGACAGCUUGGGGAACAAACAUCAAAGUUGGGAAAUUUUCCUGUCUGUCUAUUCAAGGUGAAGCUUCAACGCUCAUACCACUUAUCACACAGAAGGAUGAAAUACGGACUAUCCUAAUAACAAGGGCAGAGACAGUCUUGCAUGAUGAAUAUGGCGGAAAAAGAUAUUGGGCUGCAAGGAGGAGCAUGCGGUUUGCCAACCACUUGAUGUCAGAAGCUGCUAGGUUCAGAGCUGAAUACCUCCAUUCCGAUGACAUCAAUGAUAAGACAGUGGUGACUGAUGACUGGAGAGACUUUAAGCCCAAGCAUGGAGCAGCACUCGGAGGUCCAUACCUUUCAGUCCACCUGCGCAGACGGGACUUUAUAUAUGCAAGAGGAGAUGAAAUCCCUAGCCUCAAAAAAGCAGCACAGCAGAUGAAAGCAUUACUGAAAGCACAGGAACUACAGGAUGUUUAUAUUGCAACAGAUGCUCCGCUUGAAGAGUAUGUCGAGCUGGAAGACCUCAUGAAACCGUAUAAAGUACACCGAUACAAGCCCAGUCCAGAGUUCUUUGAUCAGUGGGGUGACGGUGGCAUAGCGAUCAUUGACCAGAUCAUUUGUGCUCAUGCAAGGUAUUUCACUGGAUCAUAUGAAUCUACGUUCUCCUUCCGCAUACAGGAGGAGCGAGAGAUCAUGGGCUUCCCAGUGGAAACAACAUUCAAUCGAUUAUGCGGAAAGAAGGCAAAGUGUGAGCAGCCAGCAAAGUGGAAGAUUGUAUUCUAAAUAUUUUUAUAUUAUCAACAAUUUUAUGCAUACAGAUCAUAGUUGUCUUGUGGUUGUAUGAACCUUACAUUCUAAACAUUUGCCAAAGAAAUUACUGUAUUUGCCAUAUUCUCAAGAAGUCUCACAAAAAUUUCCGUUCAUGUUUAGUGUAAUUCAAACAAUCAGUGUGCCUGUGUGAAUUGAAAAAAGACAUUAUAGGACCACUUAUAAACUCAGGUUUUAAACCAGAUACAUACUAUAUGAAAGGAUUAAUAAUUCUUUUAACUGAUCCGAAGAAAACAUAAGAACUCUUUCAGUUUAGGAGAGGAGUGUCAAAAGCCAUUUAGAUAUGGAUGAUGUUUGUAAGUGAAAUUUGAUACAGUAUAAAUGUUGAAUUCUGACAAAAUACUCAGUUAGCUAUUAUACACAAGUAAAUGGAAAAUAUGUAUUCAUAAAGGAUAUUACAAAAGGCUGAGCAUCCUUAUUCUGAAAAUAUGAAAUGCAAAAUGCUUCAUACUUCAAAACUUUUUGAGGUAAAGUUGUCACAAUUCUCCAUAUCUUGUAUAGUUGCAAAAUUUCAUAAAAAUUAUCCCACCUUUCUCCUUAAAAUUUCAGUGAUAUUCAGUACUUAAUUGACAGUUUUGUUGUUACUUGUCCUGGUGUCAGACCUCACAAAAAUUCUUAAUAUUGUAUUUUGAUUGUGUAUGUUACUGACUUACUCUUGAAAAUACUCCAAUAUCACAAAAUACAUAUUCUUGUAUGGUAAGUAUGCCAAGUUGAUAUUCUAUGUGAAAGGUAUUUCUAUCCACUUUAGAUUUGUAUAGACGUUAAACAAGUACUUGACAAUCAUGUGCAUUUUUUCUUCUAAAGAUAUCUUAUUUUUUACUUAUAUAUAUAUAUUAUGUGUUUUUUUCAUUUAUUUUUUACAUCCUCUCAAUGAGAUUACAAGUCACAUUAUUUUGUAUUACAAGAGUGCAAGAAAGAAAAAAAUAUUAGUGUUAGUAUGUUGCCAGGAAUGAGAUGCAAUGUUAUCUACAAACUAUUUUCAUCAGUAGCAACUGACAAUAAAAGGUUUGUUACACUGGUAGCCUACUGAUGAUUAUAUUUUGCUGGUUAUCAUGUUAUUUAAUUUCUAGUGUGCCAUAUAGUGUCAGCAUGUUUAAAGUUGGAGAGGUUAGCAUUAGACAUUCUUUUGUGAUUGCCUCUGUAUAUUUAUAUAAUAAAGUUAUUUUAUCAGCCAA